AUGGAUCUGAUAACCGCUGCGCUUAAUUUUCUGGUGCCUCCAGCAAGCCUUGUGAUGCUGGCAUUUGCAUGGCCUACCUUGACAUUCAUCAACGCUUGUGAAUGGAUAUACGAUACUGUCUUCACCUCUGAAAAUAUGGAGAACAAAGUGGUCGUUAUCACUGGAGCUUCCUCAGGGAUUGGGGAGCAAAUUGCUUAUGAGUAUGCAAAGAGGCGGGUUAAUCUUGUAUUAAUCGCUCGAAGAGAGCACAGGCUGAGAGGAAUAAGUGAGAAUGCAAGAAGGCUGGGGUCAAGGCAUGUGUUGAUAAUGGCUGCAGAUGUUGUCAAGGAAGAUGAUUGUAGGAGAUUUAUCAACGAGACAAACAACUAUUUUGGGCGUGUGGAUCAUUUAGUGAACACAGCAAGUUUGGGACAUACUUUCUACUUCGAGGAAGCUACAGAUACCAGUGUGUUUCCCAUUUUAAUGGACAUAAACUUCUGGGGUAAUGUUUAUCCAACCUAUGUUGCACUCCCUUAUCUCCGGCAAACCAGUGGACGGAUCGUAGUGAAUGCAUCUGUAGAAAAUUGGUUGCCUUUGCCAAGGAUGAGCUUGUAUUCUGCUGCAAAAUCAGCACUGGUGAACUUCUACGAGACGCUGAGGUUUGAAGUGAAGGAUGAGGUUGGAAUAACCGUUGCAACACAUGGUUGGAUUGGGACUGAAAUGACCCGAGGAAAAUUCAUGGUGGAGGAAGGAGCAGAGAUGCAAUGGAAGGAAGAAAGAGAGGUACAUGUAUCUGGUGGUCCUGUGGAGGAGUUUGCAAAGUUGAUUGUUUCUGGGGCGUGUAGAGGGGAUCCAUAUGUAAAAUACCCAAGCUGGUAUGACGUAUUUUUCCUAUACAGGGUCUUCGCACCCAAAGUCUUGUAUUGGACACUUCGGUUCCUUUUGAUAAAUGGUGAUGAAAGAAGAACCUCUUUCAUUGGGACUGGAAGGCCACUUCUAGAGAUGUCUCCUCCUAGAAGACUAACCGGAGGUCCCAUCACAUUCUCCCAAUCCCUUCAGCAGCAGCAGCCACAGCCGCAGCCGCAGCAGCUGAAAUUAGAGUAG